AUGGAUCAACUAACUUUUACCGGAUUUCUCCCCGCUGGCGUAACAGGAAAAGAUGUGAAUGUAGUACUUUGCAGGUUAUUUGGAGACGCCGUCUUGAACUCCAUCAUAGAGUUCACAGGCUCUGAACAAACGUUAGCGAGCAUACCUAUUGACGACCGCCUGACCAUAUCGAAUAUGACCACAGAAUUUGGAGCUCUUGGUGAGAUUUUCCUCGUUGAUGAAAAGCUCAUCUCUUGGUACCGCGCUAAUGCCACCACCGCAGCUAUGAUGAACAGUCCUACGAGUGAGCGUAUCAACCAUGUGCGCAUUGGAGAACUGGAGGAGAAUAAGCUGGUAGCCGAUCUUGGCGCUGUCUACGCCAAGAAGCUGUCCACUUUGAGCCCUUUCGUCUCCGGUCCCAACAGUGUCAAGGUUGCCAUCCGCUGA